AGACCAUCUGACCUCGAAACACCAAGAGAAACAAAUUCCCUCUUGUUUCUAUUCUCGCCAUCUCUCCGAGGAAAAAAGGCUGUUGCGCCGUCGAUAACAUGAAACUCCAGACGGUGCUCCAGGCGCUGUUAAUCGCUGGAGUCUCUGGGGAACCCUUGACUAAUUCGACCCACGAUGCUUCGAGCGGAGACGAUGACCCGAGCAUACUGAAGAACCGAGGAGGUUGGGUUAACCCAGAGGACCUGGCACCGAUGCCGCAGUGUAUCGCGCAACAGGAUCAGUCCGCUUGGUUGGAUGCCAUGACGAAGUGCACUCGCCAUCGAUGUACCUCUUAUUUUAUCUUCUGCACGCACUACCAGUGGCUUACUGAACUGAGCUGUCUGAGCGCUGAGUUCUCGCCCAGCAUUGUGAAGCGCUACAGCAAGUACUGUAGCAGAUCUAUCCUCGCCAAGGCGCAACUCCAUCACUGGAUUCAGACGACAACUGGUAGAAACUGGCUUGUUGGUGUUGGAGACACGAAUAGCUUACAAAGCCUAUCACCCAAAAGUCUGACCGAUGGAUACGCAUCCAUAGGUAUUGCCAAUAAAGCGCCAGAGUGCCUGAGAGAGUCGCCUUCGGCAGGAACUAAAGAGACGUUCGACCUUGUCAUCGGUUCCUGCAGCUUCACAGCCACGACACAACAUACUGGCAAUGCAGCUCGUCCAUGGGAAUACAACAGCCGGCGAAACUCUAUGACAUCUCUCAGUUUCGAUACCGCAAGCUACGACCUGACUAGCAGUCACAUUCCUGCGGGAGAGUAUUUCGAUAAAGCCUGUUUUUGCAACACCUUUGCUAUGCCCCAGCACGAAGAACCAUGCUCGACUUCGAGCCCGAAGGAUCUGGAGACACAGCGGCAAUGGAUGAACGAAACUUGCGGAUAUACGUGGCACGAGCCGGCGCGCCUUCAGCCCCGUGAUAUGAUCCCAUGGCGAUGGAGGAUUUACCCCAGAUUUCCAGAAGACGAUGCCAAAUGCCCUUCUAAUGAAUGGAAGCUGAUCAGUAUCGGCUUGGUCAACUUGGUAACAUUCUUUGCUAUACUACACGCCAACAAGGCACGACAGAGUGACAGCAGCAAUUCCCGUCUGCUGUUCUACAAUCCUGUAAGAUGGAUCUUGGGAGGAAUUCUUCUCGGGUGCAUUCACCUGCUCGCCAAUUUGGCCAACGCAACUAUCAUUCAGGCCACCCCUGGCUACGAGGACGUUCCUGCCAUCCAGCUCAUGUUGCUUUGGUGUUCACUCCCUCGCCUCGUUUGGCUUCCUAUAUCGGCCCACGGCACCAAGAACUCAGGAUUCCAGGACAUGACCUCCUCAAUGUCUGCAAUGUUUGCAGAAGCGAUCCUCCAAGCCUUGUCAUUCUACCACAUGUGUUUGACAGUGAACUAUGGUCGCAUUCACGACCUUUACUUUGGAGCUUUGUCAGGGGCGACAAGAUCACCAUUUGCGGCACUCAUGUUUGGCGGUGCACUUGUAUGGCUGUUCGUUGUGGCGAUGAUGGCUGUGCCAGUCAUCCGGAUGGUACGAACUCGCGGCAAGCUUAGCGAGAAAGAAGAUGGUGUAUCGGGCGCGGAUGCAAAGGAGUGGGCGAGGCCAAAGGAGGAGGAACUUCUGUUACCAAAGUCGCAUACGCGAUCUGAAGGUCACAACUACGGUACCCUUCCAGCCGAAGUCGAGUCUCUUGAUUCGUCUAUGAGACGUCAUUCACGACUUCACAUGGCCAUUGCCAUGGGAGUACCUUUCCUCUGGCUUGCGCAAUGGCUGUUCUGGAUCGGAUUUAUCGGACUGAGCUCACACGAUUUCUGCCUUCCAUCGCUAGAGACUCUGACAGGUGUUUGGCUAGCCUCCUCUCUGGGAAGCGUCAUUAUUAGAUCUUAUCUGUAAUUCUGUAGAUAGCAAACGUAGCAGGAUAUCCCCUUAGUCUCUCUGAUGUAAAUCGUUGUUGCGCCG